AUGUUCAACUCUCGCGAAAAUGCAGCUUUGAUUCGCUCAUUGGGGGUUCGCAUCACAAAGUCAACGACGUCGAGUUACUCAAACUGCCAAGAUUUAGGUACCGGUGAUCCCGUGGUAACACAAAUGAGUCAAAUGAGAGAUUCCAAGUUACCGUCUGUUUUGCCGAGUUACUUGCCCGCAGAUAAUCUGUUUUUGGGGUUAAUGCAUGUUUGGCUCUAUUGGGCAACCACCGAGUAUCACACUGGUCAACCAACUGACAGCAUGAGUGUUGAAGAUGAACUGAUGCACUCUGCAAGUUCAAUAGGUUAUUAUGAUGACAAGACUACCUUAUAA